UAGAUUGCAAAUACACCAAAGAAUUCGCAUUUGGGGGACUGCAACUAAAAAGUGCCUAUUUCAUUGAUUUAUUAUGGCUCUUCCUAAACGUAUUAUAAAGGAAAUCGACACUUUGACAAGAGACCCUCCGCCAGGAAUAGAGGCAUCUCCUAUGGAGGAUAAUCUGCGCUACUUCCAAAUCACAAUUGAAGGACCUCAUCAAUCUGCUUAUGAAGGAGGAAAGUUUCAUUUGGAGCUCUUUUUACCCGAAGAAUAUCCCAUGAUGCCCCCUAGUGUUCGUUUCUUGACUAAAAUUUAUCACCCUAAUGUUGAUAAACUUGGUAGAAUUUGCCUUUCCACGUUGAAAAAGGAUUGGAGUCCCGCUCUUCAAAUUCGUACUGUCCUAUUGUCUAUCCAAGCCCUAAUGGGAGCACCAAAUCCAGACGACCCUCUGGACAAUGAUGUUGCUAAAAUCUGGAAAGACAAUGAGCAACAAGCCAUUUUAAAUGCUCGCGAGUGGACUCAAAAGUAUGCUUUGUAAUUAAUAGAUUGAAUACGAUUCUUUUAUGAUACAUGACAGUAUUUACCUAUGCUAUCGUUAUGUUUUUCGCGCUACCAAUUAUCUUCAAACGUGAGGAAGUAAAUAUCUGACACAUAAUACAAGUGAAUUUUCAAAUAUAGCAGCUCUUCCUCAACAGAACUUAGUAUACAUAUUGAUUUUAAAGGAAAACUGUCCGUUUAGUC